AUGUGGAGAAGCACCCUGGAGAUGUUGCUGCCGUGUAUAGUGUCCAGUCAAGGCGUUAGUCCUUGCUCCACAUUGACUAGCAGUACGGCGUCUCCCAGCGCAGAGAGCCCCUGUUCCACCUUACCCGAGACCUCCUCCAACAGCAGGGCUCCUGUCAUCUGCUCCAGCACCUGCUCCACUGCCACUUCCACCAUCAUCACCACACCCAGCUCCACCCUGGAGAGCAAGGACAGCGGGAUCAUAGCAACAGUCACCAGUUCCAGCGAGAAUGAAGAGCGCUGUGGCUCUAGUCUGGAGUGGGCGAAAGAUGGAGGUGCGGGUGUAAGGGGCGAGAGCGGGCGUAGCACUCAUCCGCCCUGCACUCCCAUCACCCCAGAGGAGCCGGCGGUGUCUGGUGAAGCCCAGCUGAGGACAGGCACCACAGGAGGGGCAACACCCGUCGUGACAUCACCUGUGGAUGGACCAAUCACAUACCACAGCACUUCUUUGGUUAUGCCACGUCCAAAUUCUGUGGCAGCCACUAGCACUACUAAACUGGAGGAGUUGCGGUAUCUGGAUGAACAGAGGAACGCUCCCCAGCGCUCCUCCAUGCGUUUACAGUGGCAUGGAGCUCAUACAGGGGGCCGCAAUCAAGAAACUAAAGCUCGUCUCACGCCCUACAAGCCAGUGGACAUCAUGCUCAAACCCCUGCUGUUUGAGGUGCCCAGCGUCUCUAUGGAUGCAGUGUUUGUGGGUCGUGAUUGGCUGUUUCAGCGGCUGGAGGAGGUGCUUACGGGGGGAGGAAAGGCCGGUGAGGGUAAAGGGGCUGUCAUCAUAGGUAACGUCGGUUUCGGAAAGACAGCAGUGAUAUCACGGCUGGUGGCUCUCAGCUGUCAUGGUGGACGAAUGAGACAGAUUGCUUCCAACAGCCCUGAAGCUACACCCCAGAAUCGAGGAGCUGAUGCUCAUCAAACCAAUCAGCUGAACCCCCCCUCACAGAGUCCCCUCCACAGCAACAGCUGCCCCUCGACCCCAGACACACACCGGCACAGAGAGGGGGCAGUCAAACGCCUGGCUAACAAGGUGGUGGCCUAUCACUAUUGUCAGGCUGAUAACACAUACACAUGCCUGGUCCCAGAGUUUGUGCACAGUGUGUCCGCAUUACUGUGCAGAGCUCCUCGCCUCAAUGCUUAUCGAGAGCUCUUGCUCAGAGAGACGCACCUGCAGAGCCUGCUCAGCUUGCGCUCCUGCGUCCAGGACCCUGCCGCCGCCUUCCGUAAGGGAGUCCUGGAGCCCCUCACACUUCUACGCAAAGAGCGGAAGAUUCCAGAAGAAGAUUACAUCAUCCUAGUGGACGGUUUUAAUGAGGCAGAGUACCACAAACCAGACUAUGGAGACACCAUAGCGACUUUCAUCACCAAAAUCAUCUCCAAAUUUCCUAUUUGGCUUAAACUGAUUGUGACCAUCAGGGUCAACGUAGUGGAAGUCACCAGUCUCCUCCCCUUUCCCAUCAUCUUUCUGGAUGAUUUUCAUAACAACAAGGAUAUAACCUCUGACCUCACCUCCUACAUCCAGCACCGUAUAGACCACAGCCCUGAUAUCCUCAGCAACAUUGCCAUCAAUGGCAAAGCCGACCCAGCAAUCAUCUCUAAACUCAGUGCCCACCUGGUCGCCCGCAGCCAAGGCUCAUAUCUUUAUUUAAAAUUAACCCUCGACCUGUUUGAGAAGGGUCAGCUGGUCAUUAAAAGCUCCAGCUAUAAGGUUAUACCUGUGUCUUUGUCUGAGCUCUACCUGCUGCAGUGCAACAUGAAAUUCCCAUCGGCCUCAGCAUUUGAACGAGUAUUGCCACUGCUAAACGUGGCUCUAGCAUCUUUGCACCCUCUGACGGAUGAACAGCUCUACCGGGCCCUGAACGCCGGGUCCAUGAAAGGAGAACUGGAGUGGGAGGACUUCCAGCAGCGCAUGGACGCUCUUUCCUGCUUUCUGAUUGGCCGUCGAGACAGAACUCGCAUGUUCUGCCACCCCUCCUUUAGGGAGUGGCUUGUAUGGAGGGCGGAUGGUGACAGCACUGACUUCCUGUGCGACCCAAGAAGUGGCCACGCUCUGAUGGCCUUCUUGCUAUCACGUCAAGAGGGAAAACUCAACCGCCAGCAAACUAUGGAGCUGGGCCACCACAUUCUUAAAGCUCACAUAUUCAAGGGUCACAGUAAGAGAACUGGGGUUUCGUCAAGUAUUCUGCAACCCUUGUGGAUCAGCUACAGUACAGACAGCCUCUCUGCAGCUCUUUCCUCCCUCAGAAACCUCUACACACCCAACGUCAAGGUGUCUCGGUUGCUGAUUCUGGGAGGGGCGAGUGUGUGUUACCGUACUGAGGUGUUGAACAGUGCACCAGUACUGUGUGUGCAGUCUCACCUGGGCCACCUGGAGAUGGCUGCUUUGCUCCUGGAGUGUGGGGCACCAGUGGAUGGGCAGUCAGAGAACGGCAUGACCUCUCUCUGUUACGCCUCAGCUGCUGGACAUCUGCCACUUGUCACCUUACUUUGCAAAAAAUGGGCAAAGGUGUCCCGGUUGCUGAUUCUGGGAGGGGCGAGUGUGUGUUACCGUACUGAGGUGUUGAACAGUGCACCAGUACUGUGUGUGCAGUCUCACCUGGGCCACCUGGAGAUGGCUGCUUUGCUCCUGGAGUGUGGGGCACCAGUGGAUGGGCAGUCAGAGAACGGCAUGACCUCUCUCUGUUACGCCUCAGCUGCUGGACAUCUGCCACUUGUCACCUUACUUUGCAAAAAAUGGGCAAAGGUGGAUCAUGCUGAUAAGAGCGGUCAGUGUGCACUGGUUCACGCUGCUCUGCGGGGUCAUGCUGAGAUUGUGCAGUAUCUUCAGGAACAGGAGUGGAGUUCAGACCUCAAAAACAAGGCACUGCAGCAGGCACUGAUCGCUGCCUCCAGCAUGGGACACACACAAAUAACCUGCAAACUAGAGGGGUGUGUGUUCCUGCUGGAUCGAGGUGCCAGUGUAACACAGCCUAACCGCAGAGGGGUAGCACCCAUCUUUAAUGCAGUGCGACAUGGACACACACAGAUAGCAGAGUUGUUUCUACAGCGUGGCGCAGAUGUGAAUUGCAGUGAUAAACAUGGUCGCUCUCUACUGAUGGUGGCUGCAAGCGAGGGACACCUGGAGACUGUGGACUUCUUGCUCUCACAGGGAGCAUGUAUAACAGCAGUGGAUAAAGAAGGCCUGACCCCGCUCGGGUGGGCAUGUUUAAAAGGGCAGAAGAAAGUGGUUGAGUUUCUGGUGGAGAGGGGAGCUCAGAUUGACCUCACAGAUAAGCACGGGCGCACCCCGCUGGACCUGGCUGCUUUCUACGGAGACGCGGACAUAGUGCAUUACCUGGUUGAGUGUGGAGCGGCGAUUGAACACAUGGACUACAGCGGCAUGAGACCUCUUGACCGGGCCAUCGGUAGCAGAAACACCUCAGUUGUGGUCACUCUGCUGAAGAAAGGGGCUAAACUGGGCUACAGAACAUCUCCUUAUGAACGAUCAGGUAAUGCUGCCUGGGCCAUGGCCACCUCCAAACCCGACAUCCUCAUCAUACUUCUGCAGAGGCUCAUGGAGGAGGGAAACCUGCUUUAUAAGAAAGGGAAGAUGAAGGAAGCCGCUCAGAGGUAUCAGUAUGCACUGAGGAAGUUUCCGAGGGAAGGUUUCGGGGAAGACCUGAAGGCAUUCAGGGAGCUCCGGGUUUCCCUGUAUCUCAACCUGUCCCGCUGCCGCCGCAAAACCAAUGAUUUUGGCAUGGCUGAAGAGUUUGCCACCAAGGCUCUCGAGCUCAAGCCUAAGUCCUAUGAGGCAUUUUAUGCACGUGCUAGAGCCAAAAGGAGCAGCAGGCAGUUUGCAGCAGCGCUGGCUGAUCUUUAUGAAGCGGCACGUCUGUCCCCCAGUAACAGAGAGAUCAGACGUCUACUGGUACGUGUGGAGGAAGAGAGCCAACACCUGCAGCGACAGGGUUCCGAACACCCCACCUCUCACAGCAACCCCUCACACCACGAGGAAGACAACGAUGAGGAAGAAGAAGAAGAAGAAGAUGACGACGAUGAUGAUGACCAGGACAUUGAGAGUUUGGAGAAAAGCCCAGACAGCCUCAGCAUAAACAUGUUGCAGGCAGAUGAGGAGGAGGAGCGGCGUGAGCAAGAAUCCUCUAGGCAGGAGAAGAGGAAGGAGAGCUGGCAUCAGAGCCACACCUUGCCUGAUUCUCUAGGCCUGGCGAUAUCGGAUGCCCAGUCCGUCGUCUCCACAGCUGCCCCCGGAUGGGCCGCCCUCAGGCGUCUUCCAGCCAGACAGGCUCAAAGCAUGAAAAACCGAGAGUACAGCAGCUCGCUUCAUGCAGAGGGAAGGACGCCCCAGAGCGCCGGGUCCAGCCCCAUGCCGAGCCGCCACCGGCCCGCCUCACUCCGAGCAGGGCCCUGCAUUGACAUUGGCUGUGUUGAGAGGGGUCCGCUCGGUGGUACCAGAGAGGGCAGCACUCAGUUUGGUCAUGCAGAGAAGGCCGAAGGCAGCGUCGAACCAAGGGGGGAAUUCUGCAGGAGCAGCAGUGUGAGAGUGUCAAGCUCCUCCAGCGGGAACCUGGCGGAUUCCAGCCGAGUGCGCAAUUCCGUGGCGAGUGCCGACAGCAGCACGAGGCAAUCUGAGCAUAAGCCACGCCCAUUUAUGGGAGUCAUUGACAAGACUGUACGUUUCCAGCAGCAGCAAGGUCAUCAUGGCAAUCUGGUGUCUGGUUACGGCUGGCAAGGACUUGUGCCAGAAGGGCUUGUAGGGCACAAUGUUGGCGUUGUCAUGAACACGCACUCGCAGGGACUGACCAGUGACCUCCAAUACGCUAAAACGAGCGCUUAUCAGGAGCCCAUCCAUAACAGCACACAUACUCCUGACUUUCACCCAGACAAAUUUCAUCCUGGACCUGGAUACAAGGACAGUAACCCCAUCCAGCAGCACUACGACACCAAGCACAAGCAGGCCAGCCUGGCCCGGGACAACCCCAUCCUGAUCAGCUCCAUCAAACCUAAACGCUCCUUUAUUGAGUCCAACGUGUAGCUACCAACUCAUACUUUACAUUAAGCACAAAUUAUUUACAGUCUUACGAUUUAAAUAUAGGAGCCUCGGUUUUCAUCAACAAAACCCAAUGUCAUUUGAGUCGGUUUUGAAGACUAAAUUCAAAGCAUUUUGUGUGAGUGCUCCAGGAAAGCGCACACGAUUAAAAGAUUGCCUUGCAUUUUUAUUUAAGCACAUUUUAAAUGCGCUGCAUCUGCACAUUAAGAGAGAGCAGAGAUAUGAUAAUACAUUAUUAAUAAAUCAUCUGUAAGAUAUCUGACCAGACUUUAGACUUCAGUAAGGACAUAGGACGUCUACCAAGAUGAAACACUGUCUCUUACAGUAGGAUUGUGGACCGGUCCUGUGUGUUUUCAAAAGGAUUUCCUGAUCGAAUGGUGGUGAGUCUGUGUGUGUGUGUGUGUGUGUGUGUGUGUGUGUUUGAGGAGAAGCGUGUUGUAUUUCUUCAUGAACUACUCACUGUUUGGACUAAUUUAUUUAUGGCUUAGUUGUCUAAUUAAAACAAUAUUAUAUUUUAUAUAUUAGUUAUUUUUGCACAGCUAUAUAUUAUGAAAUACCACUAUGAUUGUGAGAUUGACCUGAACUGUAUAAAGGAGACCAGGUUUACAUGCAUGUUAUGGUGAACCAUAUUCAGGUGUCUAUGAGGACAAAGAGGUUAUUUCGUAUGUACAUUAUUUGCAAUUAAUUUCAUGUAUUGUAUUUGAAUAUUUCAGCAACAUAUACAAUAAA